AGUGCCAGAAAUCCCAUGUGGUACAAAAGGACAUUGUUGUGAUUUAGGGCAUGUCCAGGUGAUAAGAGUCUUCCACCGUUUAUCUCGCACUGCAAGCUGAAGUAAAAAUAUGGGAAAGGUUUAGGGAGUGGGAGAGGUGGAGUACAACGGUUGCUCUUUCAGGACUGUCACCACUUGUCUUGAUCGUGACAUGUGGAAGGAUCAGCCCCUCCAUCCAACCUUCAGGAGCCAACGCCUUUCAGCUAAAGGGAGAGGCAGAGAAACAGUUGUAGUCUGCAGCCAGUUUUGCAGCAAAUAAAGAAUCAUUUAUAUGUUUAUGAUACACCAGGAUUUCUAUAUAUUUGUAUAAUAUCUAUAUCUAUAUCUAUAUCUAUAUCUAUAUAUUCUGAAGACCUUUCUGCGUGGCCUCCAGGCUAGAUGACAGUAACUGAAAGGUGAUAAUAGUACAAAAUAAUACAACAACGAGGUUCUUUGACAAGGUAGUGGUGACUUAUAAACUUCAGGGUGGGGAGGUGAUAGUGGCAAGAGAUAGUCUCCAGGCCUCAGCUGAUGUGGCAGUUUCAACUGCCGCUUUUCAGAGGUUCCGUGGGGACCACAGAGGAGACUAGCACCCCCAUCCAUGAGAGCUCCCCAGCAACCAUGACCAGGUAGUACCAGGUGUUUUAAUCACUGGGAGAAAGGCAUCUCCUCACACAUGCAGUUAGAUCAGGCAUAGGCAAACUCAGCUCUCCAGAUGUUUUGGGACUACAACUCCCAUCAUCCCUAGCUAACAGGACCAGUGGUCAGGGAUGAUGGGAGUUGUAGUCCCAAAACAUCUGGAGGGCCUAUGCCUGAAUUAGACACUCUGCUGUUGGGAGCAGUGAAGGAUGAUAACCGAAACUAUCCACAUCCCAGCCUGGUGGUGAUGGUAAUGUGGCUGAGAGUUCAGAUCAGUGGUUUGGAACCUCCAGCCCAUGGAACUAUUCAGGCCUGCUAGGCCUCAGACAUUGGACUGCCAAGCCAUACCUACCUUUCCCAUGUCUGCUGUCAUAUAUGACAUCAAGCAGGGGAAGUUCAGGCCAUGAGGUCCUCAUUUCUUCCUUGGUAGGGAAAACUGGCACUUUCAAAAGAUGCCAAAUAUGAAAAGAGCCAAGUCUUGGCUGCAAAGGAAAAACCAGGAGCGCAUUUCUGAUUCGUUAUUUGCAGCUGCAGCUUGAAUUCAAGCCAGGGAGGCAAAGGUAGAGUCUUCUUAAGGAGCUCCAGCUGCAAAGGGAGCUUUUUCCUUCACACCUGAAGGUACAAUCACCUGAUAGACAGAUCCAGUUCCCCAUCCCUGUUUUAGAUGGAGGUAGGUAAAUGGGGGUGCAAUCUGAGGCUGUAUCGGCUGCACUCUGAUGCAAGGUUAGCAGCUGCCCUACCUGCUGAAGGAAUGUUUUUGUCUUCACAAUACAAGCAAUAAAAUUCUUAUGAAGACACCAUCAAUCUCCAGGGUUCUCCAAAGGAAACCCAAGACUACCUCUGGAACUUCCCACCCCUAGGGGAAAAGGAACAAGGAAUGGUAAUUUGUCUUUUAUAUUUCUGUGAGUUUGUGGGUGCCAGGCUCCUAUAACCCCUGGAUCCAGCAAGCGUUAGCAUUUAAUCAAGGCUGAUAUUGUUAAACUGGGUGCCAGACCCAUUCUAACCCCUGGGCCCAGCAAGUGUUAAAAUAGAAGGCAGGCUAGCUUCCUGUGUUUAGGUGAUAGGCCGUUAAGAGAACCAAGAAGAGGGGUUUUGUGCCAGGUGACAAAUGGGUGGGGCCCCUCCUUUCCUACUUCUUAGAUAGUAAGAAAGACAAAAACCAGAGAUUAGACUUGAAAGUGUGUGCAAUGUGACCUAAAAGUUAAGCUGCAGGCUGGACAGCCAGAGAGGCAGAGCACAAUGUUUGAUCUCUGCUUGAAUCCAAGGCUGCAGCUUUGGGAGAAACAAGGCCCUUUUGAGACGCUAAUGCUGUGAACCCCUCCAUUGUAGGCUUAGGUUGUGUAUAGAUAUGUAAGGUAGGGGAAAGCAGUGCAUUUUUUUCUAAAAAAAUGUUUAGGGGUACUCUCAUUUUCCUACUCCUAUUGAAAUACUGCCCCUCAAUGAGGCUAAACUUAGAUUCACAAAAUGUUUAGGGGUAUGCAUACCCCCAGAAAAAAAGCACUGGAGAAAAGUAAAGGUAAAGGAUCCCUAGAUGGUUAAGUCCAGUCAAAGGUGACUAUGGGGUGCUGCACUCAUCUCACUUCCAGGCCAAGGGAGCUGGUGUUCAUCCACAGACAGCUUUCUGGGUCAUGUGGCCAGCGUGGCUAAACCGCUUCUGGCCAUGAUGGAAGCCAGAGCGCACGGAAGUGCCGUUUACCUUCCCAGCGCAGUGGUACCUAUUUAUCUUCUCGCACUGGCAUGCUUUCAGACUGCUAGGUUGACAGAAGAUGAGACAGCAACAGGAGCUCACCCCGUCGCGCAGGUUCGAAUGGCUAAUCUUCCGAUCGGCAAGCCCAAGAGGCUCAGUGGUUUAGAGUCUCCGCUGUGUCUCAUUUCCAAAAGGAAAUGCAAACCCUGGGUAAGUUCCCGGAAACUCUGGGAUCUUGCACUGCUCGGAGAUUGGAGUGCUGUGCAAUAAUAUGGUUUGUACUAGGUUGCAUCCCACUCAGUUCCAACCUUGACAUUCUAAAGCAUUUCUCGUAAUGGGUUGGCAUUAUGGGUAGCUCUCCCUGCUGCUAGCCUUUUCAAAGGCGUGUUAAUAACGUACUUGAAAUGCAAGUUUGUUCAAAGGAGCCGAUCACUGUAUUUGCCAUACACCGGUAGCCUACCAGGACCUGGAGCUUUCUCCUUUAUUGACAAAUGAGGGGUUGCUUGAGCAGUUCUUGUCUUUGCUUUCUGCGAUUCAUUGACCAAAUGAGAACCCUGAACCAGCUGGUUGACUGUGGAAUGACAAGCGUUCUAUUUUGCUCCUCCCUUCCCAGACUUCAUGUGAAUCAGCUAAACCAGAAAUACAGGUAGAGAAAGAGGUGGAGGAUUUCCAAAGGCAAAUACCCUGACAGGACAGUAAGAAAGCAAACAAAAAAACCACGUCUUGAAUGGAAAAAUAACAGGGGAAAGUAGUUGUUCGAGAGAGCCUGGAGUGGUUGGUACUCUUUCCAACGUGAAAAUGGAAGAAGCCGAGGUGGACAUUGAUACUCUCAUUGACGAGAUGGAUUACAUUCCAGGUCACUUUCACUUAGAUAUGAACUUGAACUUUGAGUCUUCUUCACCUAUGAAUUUCCAAGGGAGAGACUUGAAGCUGAAACGAGAAAGCCUAACCUAUGAGUUAGAGCUCGAAACUGGCUUGCAGCAGUAUGCCAUCAGAAACCUCCUUGGGGUCUUUUCUUUCUACCUGGAAGAAGUGGAGCAAGCCAAGGAGAUUUUCCUCUGCAUCUCUCAGGAGGACCCUGAGAAUCUGAACACUUGGGCCAACCUCGCCUACGUUUAUGAUAGGCUGAACAACGAGCAAGAAGAGGCUAGGUGCACCGAAAGACUCUCCCUCUUAAUGGGCUUGGAUUCAGAGGACCACAAGCCGCAAGGGGACCCCCAGCUCAGAACAGCCCGUUGCUUGGCUGAGCAGGGCUAUGCUUACGCCUUCGACGUUGGGCUGGUGAACGAAGAAGAGAAGAUGGAGAAACUGACUGCAGGCCUCACUCUCUACGGCAAGGCUCUUGCUUAUGGGAAGCAGGUAGGCAGGCUGUUUUACCUUCUGAUGUCACUUGACAUUCAAUGGGUCAUUCGCUGGAAGAAGGAUACUAGCCAAUACACAGACACCUCUUUUCAUUUUCUGUUUCAGAAGGCGCACCAUACUCGUCUGUUGUCUAGAAAUGUUUUAGAAGUGUGGUUGCUGCAUUAGUUGUUGUUGUUAUUUAUUUAUUGCCUUUAUAUCCCAGCUUUUCUCCAAAGAGCUCAGGGCGGCAUCCAUGGUCUCCCCCCUCGUCAUUUAAUCCCCACAACAACCCUGUGAGGUAGGUUAGGCAUCUUAGCUGUUGAUCUGUGUAGGGAAAGGUGCUUGUUCUUACAGCAGCAAUUGCAUCUCCAGUUAGCUUGCUAGGCUAUUUUGGAGGGAAACAACCCCUCUGGGAGCUGAGUCAGGCCAAGAGAAAGCUCUUCUCACUAAGAACCACCGCUUCAUUUAAACCACUUGUAGCCUUCAAACACCUAAUCUUGCAUAAAUGUGCAAGAGCAAACAAAAGGAGAUGCCAAUGGAUAAUACUGAUAAGCCAACUUUUAGAAUCAGAGCCCUAGAUCCUCACGGCCUCUUGUGAGGCUGAGAGGCCCUUUUGUCCUGCUAUGCUUCAAUGGCACCUCAGUUUGAUUGUGAAGCUCCCUACUUUGGGAGGUGGCUCAGAGGGAGAGCAUCUGCUUUGCGUGCAGAAGGUCCCAGGUUCAGUUCCUGGCAUCUCCAAACAGGCCCCUGUCCCAAAUCCUGGAGAGCUGCUGCCAGUCAGUGUUGACAAUACUAAGCUAAAUGGACCAAUGGCCUGACUCUGUGCAAGGCAGCUUCCUAUGGAGGUGUCUCUGCUCUCAGUCUCCCCUGGCUUCUCACUGCUUGACCAAGACUGUUCUGUUCCAGCAGGCAUUUGACCUGAUGGGUUGAAGCUUUUUUGUAUGUGUGUGUGGUUAAUAACCAUCCUGUUAGGAAAAAGCUGCUACAAUAUGUCAGACCCAUAGUCUUUGCAGCAGAUGAAAUGCCUAUAGAAUGGCUUGCACAUGUGUCACAACCAGCCCAUGAUAGUUUUCUGGGGCAUUGCUCAGACACAUCAGGUUACAGCAACAGCUGCCAGCCGGGCAAUGCAUUCUGCUACCCUCGUUCACCACCAUGAAGCUGACACACAGGUACAAAGUCAGGGCAUGACACUCACCUUUCUAGCACAGUGCUGCAUAGGAGCUUCAGGUCUUUAGGUUCUUUUGAAAAUGUGGCUUCAGAAUCACAGGGAAAGGUUGGAGGAACUUAAUCACCUCAUUAUUAUGCACUCUAAAAUCAUAUGUUUAGAAUUCUACCCCUCUAGUGACUCAUUUUUUGGUUGGUCAUGUCAUGUUUUAUGAUAUGCAUGUACAAUUUUUGUAAUAAGAAAAUUAAAAAAAAUCUUUUUUUAAAAAAGUUGGAGGACUGGAAACAGCUAUGGUCACUGGUGGAGGUGGGGCUUGUUUUGGUAUCCUCCCAGAUGGGAGGAGCAUGCUGCCACAGGGGAGGGGGUAAAUUUAAACAAGGAUUCUGUAACUGGGCGCAACCUUGAUCAAUUUUAAAAAAAAAAUCUAAGAUGCUUUAGACAUGUGGCUUUAAGAAAGAACCAGACAUAACCAAAGAUGAGGCCAAUUCAAAUAUUUUAUUUGGAAUUGGUAGAGAAGUGGGUUGGGGUGGGUGUUUAGUUGGGUGUGGGAAUUUGUUUAAUUUAAUUAUGUUGUGUUUGUAAUUUUGUUUUUUGUUUUUAUAGUUUUAUUGUUCUGUUAGUUUGAUUUUUGUAUAGGCUUUAAUUUGAUUUUAAGGGGAGGGGUCAGGGCUGCCUGGGAGUGGGUCCCAGCAAACAAAAUGGCUGGGGCAGGUUCCACAGGGGGGGAUGCACUCGGACAACCGAUCUCAGUGAUCACGGGUAGGAGGAGGAGUUACGCUAAGACCAGACCAUGUCAUUACCGAGGAGUGGUUGCAGUGCUCCCAAGAAGUCCCUGAACAGCCCUCUGCACAAAUUUCUAUCCAGUUUUCUGAUUAGAUGCUUUUUAAAUAUUCUGGACUACUUGGCUCAAGCUGUCCAAACAAAGGUGCAACCUUUUGCACACCCAGUUUAUCAUCUCCUGCAGCAGCAGACAACAGGGAAUAUGCAGGUGGCUGAACUGGAGCACUGUUUGUCAAAGCAAAAUGUUUGCACUGAGGGGCAGGGCUAUAUUUAUGUUUAAACUACAACUGUGCAGAGUCCAAACUUCUUAAGACAUUAGAGAAAGCAGCAGCAGUGGGGGGGACAUCAAACUAACCAUACUAGUAACGACAAAAGUGUUUCAGAAAAUAAUUGCCACCUUGAGUCACAUAAAAAUGUUGCUAUUCUACCUGUUUUGCUCAGAGCUUCUUUUAGCUACAGCCCGUUUCCUGUUACUCAUGGCUGCCCAAUUAAAUAAAUCUUAGCUAAUUAGUCUGAGUUGUUUAUUGAUCAAUCAAUCAAUAAUUGAAUGUGAAUCAAUGUGUAUAUAUCAGCAUAUAUACAGACACACAGAGAGACAAGAAAAAGAAUAUGUUCUCUGGAUUGUGCUCUUUGGAAUUAAUCCAACUGAUAUCAGUGGGAUUUACUUCUAGAAAUGAAAGAAUUGGUCAGUUUUGAUUUCUCUUAGUUUCCCAUUUUCCCAGUCUUAAGUUCAUUUCAUCACAUUCCUGCAUCAGUUUGUGAUUUUCUUGUCACCAUUUAAUGUGCAUCUUUCCUAAUAUGCAUUGCAUUAUUAAUAUUACAUUAUUGAACAUGGCAAGGACAGGAGUAGCUGCCAAAGUCCUUGAUUUAAUGGAGCAACUGGUGUUCAGCACAGACCUGAAGGCACCUGAAGCCCAUCACCUUAGAGAAGCUAAGCAGGUGGCUGGUUGGGUGGCCACUGCUUGGGAACCACAUGAAUGCCACCUUGGAUUCCACAACCAAAGAAUGGUUGGAAAAUAAAUAGAAGGCAAUGAUGUUUUAAAAUGUAUUUGCAGGGAGGCAAAUACUGCUUUUCUAAGAACUUCUCUCUCCCUCUUUCAGAUCCCUUUGGAGGAGAAACGAAGCUGGUACUUCACUAUGGCCACCCUGCACAUCAGGUGAGGCAAGAAUCCAGGAUGAAAAGCCACCUCAAAGGAAACAGAAACAAGAUGGGCUCCGAGGGGCAAGUCUAGAACUUUUUGUGAUGGAAUCCACUUAGGGCUUAUCCACAUUUACUUUUUGCCCCGUGCUUUCUUGGGCACAGGUCUGUGCUUCCCCGGUUUCUGUCUGAGUGCUCUAUAAAAAUUAGCCCGAUGCUUUCCCCAGGAAAACCCAAUAUUUACUGCUGAAUUAGAGCAAAUGGUAGGGUUGCCAUAGUUUUUGAGCUAUUUUUAAUGAAAUUUGCCAAAAUCUACACUACCGACGUGGGCUGCCAUAUGUCCAGAUUUUCCCAGACAUUUCAGUGAUUUCUGACUAUGUCCAGGAAAUUCUGGACGCGCAGCAGCCCUAGUAAAUGGCAACUCAUGUUUUCUACGGAUUGCCGUUUGCUCCAAUGCCAGUGAGUUUCGUGGCUGAGUGGCCCAACUAGACAUCACUGCAUCAGAUUCCUAGCAUGUUUUUCAAUCAUAAAUUCUGCCAUCGCCAGACUUGGAUCAGAGGUGUGGUCCUAUGAUGUCCUAUUCCCCUACCCUGGCUGAAAUUUGUCUCACAAGGGACGAGUUGCAGGUAAUGGGGGAGCAAUUCAGGUCAGGAAAGCAGCAUUAGAAAAGAGUUAAACAAGAAACGAAAAACCCUAACGCUGCUGCCCUGAUCUGAAUCAGGAUUCCUGUGACCGCAUUUAUCAUUAUUCAUAACUGCAAGAUCUCCAUGAGGACAUCUGAUCACAGACCUCCCAGAAUUAUAUGGUUUGAUCCAUAGUCCAGUGCUGUAGUCCAGCCUACGCCAAGCAGGUACCUUCCAGCUGUUUUGGACUACAACUCUCCAUCAACCUCGGUCAGCAUGGCUGAUGGGGAGUCAUGGUUCAAAACAGCUCAAGGGCACCAGGUUGGCAAAGGCCACUAUACCACACAAGAACUUCUGGAGUGAGUUAAGGCCCAACGUGGACGAAGCAUAUCUCUUUCAGAUGCAAAAAGAAAAGGAGAAAGGCAGGUUCAGGAGGGGCAGCUGUCAGCUCUGCCCCCUGGCACAGCACGAGUCCCUAGCCUGCAUCCCUAUUCGCUAAAGCCGGGUGCAGGCUAGGCUCCAGGAAGGGCACCGCUGUUCCAGUUCCCUCGUCGGUGCCCCAGUGAAGCCUCUGCUGUCCUGCAACGCUACUGCACCAAGAGGGGUAAACGGACUUUGCAGCAAAAAAAAAUCACCCUUUGGCUUUUUAGCCUUGGAAGGAAAGUUACUUACCUGGAAAUAACCCCCACUGAAGUAGGACUUACUUCUGAGUAGAUGCACUAUUGCACUAUUAUUAGAGUUAAGCAUUUGUGGAUUAGGGCCUAAUUUAUCAGCGCUACAGUCUUAGAACCACCAUAGCGCACAGGGAAAUACUUAUUUUGAAUGAGCAUAAGUACUGUUGUUAAGGCUAGGUUGAGUGGGUGGGGGGUUGUUUUCCGUUUACUUCUGCUAUGUUUCUUGUUGGCUGUAUUUCAUAUACUGUGCUGGUAGGCACCUUGCACCAUACAGAACUAUGAACCAAUCAGCAUUAGAUCAAAGACAACCACAGAGAUUUUGAUCCACGAUCUUUCCUCCCUAUGUUACAUCAAAGGAGUUUUGUUACAAAAUCAGAGAUAAAUCCAUUGUCGUGGAAAGCACAGUGUCAACAAUAUAGACACAUGAAAAUUAGAAAGGACAAAGAACAAUGCUGUGCAGAAAGACUUGCCAAAGCAUCAUUCAUUACUGUAUAAGGCGCAACAUUUGACAAGUUUUAAAAACAAGAUGUGCCUUAAUCUUUCCCUCCCCAGUUAUGACCGCUCCCAAAGCUGUUUCCCAACACUGCAACUAGCCUAGAAAAAAGCCUUCUAUUGGCUACAACCAAUGGCUUAGCUAUAACAAGUGUUCCUUCCUAUAACUGAAGUAGAAAUGGUAUAUUUUUUAAAAAAGAUUAAUCAUACUACAUGGGGUAAAGGUAAAUGUAAAGGGACCCCUGACCAUUAGGUCCAGUCGUGACUGACUCUGGGGUUGCGGCGCUCAUCUCGCUUUAUUGGCCAAGGGAGCCGGCAUACAGCUUCCGGGUCAUGUGGCCAGCAUGACUAAGCCACUUCUGGUGAACCAGAGCAGCGCACGGAAACACCGUUUACCUUCCCACCGGAAGGUAUCUACUUGCACUUUGAUGUGCUUUCGAACUGCUAGGUUGGCAGGAGCUGGUUCCGAGCAACGGGAGCUCACUAUAUGGGGUACUAUACUACGAUAGACAUAUACAGUGGUGCCUCGCAAGACGAAAUUAAUCUGUUCCGCGAGUCUCUUCGUCUUGCGGUUUUUUCGUCUUGCGAAGUACGGCUAUUAGCGGCUUAGCGGCUAUUAGUGGCUUAGCGGCUAUUAACGGCUUAGCGGCUUAGCAGCUAUUAACGGCUUAGCGGCUUUAAGAAAAAGGAAACAAACUCGCAAGAACUCGCAAGACGUUUCGUCUUGCGAAGCAAGCCCAUAGGGAAAUUCGUCUUGCGGAACGACUCAAAAAACGGAAAACUCUUUCGUCUAGCGAGUUUUUCGUCUUGCGAGGCAUUCAUCUUGCGGGGCACCACUGUAAUUGUAAAGUUCUUGUUAAAAAUAUUUUUUCUUUUCUUUUUCUUUUCUCAGUCACUCCUCUGUUUUCUUCACUUCUCACUUCCCUCCAUGGCCCCCAUUUACACGACUUUCACCUGUGCCCCCCUUGGAAUAUCCUUAAGGCCCCCAGUUGAGAAACGCUGCUCAAAGGGUUAUUUUGCAGCAGAUGGUGGUUAUUUUGGGGAACUAUAUAUUGCAUUUUAUGUCUUUUGUAUUUUAUAUUAACUGUUUUGAAAUAUUGCUGCCAAACCCAUUGGAUGGGGGUAAAACAGUGGCAUUUGGAGUAAAUCAUUUGCUUGCCAGUUUUAGAGCUCUGUAUAUGCAGAACAACAAAUCACAAUAGCCUUUUUCUCUCUUCACUUCAGGUUGGAUGCGAUGUGGAUGAACAAGGGCAAUGAUGAGGAAAAAAGGUUGCCAGCCUUCAACAGAACCUUGGUUUUGCUUCAGCAAGUCCUGAAGUGCUCCAGCCUACAUUAUAGAGGUAGGAGAAGUCACUUGCACAAUCGAAACCAUGUAAUUACAUGUGUAAUUCACACAUGCAGCUCUGCAUCCCGCAAGACUGUUGCAACUCAGGUGUGUGUAAUUGGGCUCUUCAGCUCAGCUAGCCGAAUUUCAACUGAGUCUUCAUUGCUGCAAUCUCCAUGCCCACUGAGGCAAGCUACUGUGCUCUUUAUUUUCACAAGUGGUUUGUUUCAUCAGCUAGGAAACCUCAGUGCUUGGUUUAAGGUGGCAUAAAACGUUCCUUUGUAACUUUUCUACUAUAACCCAACCUCAGUAACUGUCUGUAAAUCAUUUUGAAUUGCUUUGGAGAAGGUAGAGUGGAAUUUACAAUGCCGUUUGUAAUAUGUUGCCCUGCUUUCAAUUCUGUCCUCCUUCUCUUCUAGCCUUGGCCUGGUGCUAUCUUGGGAUAUUGUUUGAAAGGAAAUAUUCCUUCUCAGAUACCCCUAUGGCUAUUCAUGACUGUGGGUACUCUGGGACAGAUCCCCUCGACUGCUUUGGAAAAGUAGGUUACGAGUUGUUGGGGGUUUUUUGGGGGGGGUCCUGUCUGGAUGAUACCAUGGGCCCCUAUUGGGGGGGGGGGGUAGAAUGCAUAAGAACAAGCUUUCCAAACCAGUUCCUUUGUCAGGUUAAUGGCUUUACCUGGCUAGUUAAGGACCAUGAUUUAGCAUAAUCAAAGAAGUUGCUCUGUACCAUAAAACAAAUGGGUGAGAUUUUUCCCACACACCCCUCACCCAGCUGCAGGGCUGGAUUAACCAUUAAGCAAAAUGGGGGGGGCACCACAGAAAUUUUCCUUUGAUGGGUUUUUAACAUUAAUAGUCACAAAUUGCUCAGCUGAGCUUCCAUUUUCUCACUUGAAGUACCUUAUAUCAAAAAUCCCAACAGAACAACUAUGCAAUAAGGCAGGCUGGGUGCCUUAUUUCUACUAAGUUUAGAAGCAGAUGUGUUGCGUAAGGUUAGUUUUGAGGAUCUGAUCAAAGACUUUGCAAUUAGAAAAAGUAGGAGAAAAAUUUGUCAAAUAUAAAUAAAGUGGAAGUACUGUAUACAAAAGUAUACAAAAAGUAUACAAAAAUAAACAUUGUUUUCCACCUUACUGUGGGUUUUGUUUCAUUUUGAAAGAUAAAAUGUUAUUUUACUGUUUAUUACUGUUUAUAUUUUGAAUAAGAUAUAUAUGGAGGCCCUCUAAAUUAUCUUAAUCUGGCCCUGCCAUGCUGCUAGCAGAACAAUAGCCAGAGUGGGUGGAGCUGCAAAGCUGAAGCUAGAAGCUGCAGAGAGAGAUGUAUUUGGCCUGUGCUAGAUCCAAAGCUGUGGCCAGUGGAGAAGCAAGAUCUGUUGGGGUGUUAAUGCUGUGAGUGUUUCAAGUGGUGCUAAUUAUAAUUAUGGAUGCAUGCGGGUGUAACAAAGUUACACCCUUCCACUUCCUUGGCAAGAGAUGGCAAUGGCAGUCUGCAACAUGGCCUUAGAUGUGCUGCCAGAUCCAGUACUUAACAAAGACCCCUUCUACCCUUGAGGAUGAACACAAAACUAGAAUUCGUUGACUCUGGGUCUACCUAUUAUUGGCUUCCCUGUCUUCCCCCCUUUCCAAUGGGUGCCAGCUACCACUUGCUUAUGAGUAGAUAUAUAUAAGGCAGUGCUGUAAUUGACAGAAGGGAAGAGAUACCCUCUUUUGCUCAUUUCCUUCUCAUCCAGAGCAAGGUGCCGCCUCAAUUCACGUCCUCACACACUUCAGUCCUUCCAAAGGGCAUAAUGUACAAUGGCGGCCAAGCUGAAUGUUGACACAUAAAUUUCUCCUUUCAUUGCCCAUUGUUCAACAGAGCAAGGAGAAGUUCACUAAUGGAACAAUGUAUUGUGGAUUUGUUUGUUUUUAAGGCAAUAGAGAUAGCUAGAGAAAACCCACUGGUUCUGAACCGCCUAGCAAAAAUCUUCCACUUCCUUGGCAAGCAAGAGAUGGCAAUGGCAGUCUGCAACAUGGCCUUAGAUGUGCUGCCAGAUCCAGUACUUAACUGGCAGGCAUAUUGCAUGCGUGCCAAGGUAUGUAUUUCUCCUUUAAAAACAAGGCCUUUGUAACAUACAAGUGCUAUGGGAGACCAGCUGGGGGUUGUUGUUUUUUUUGUAUUAAUAGGGGCAGGGGUUGUGGUGUCUGUCAGCAUUGUGCUUCCUGAAAAGCCAUCAAUGCAGCUGCCUAUCUGGGCAGCAUCAAUUAUUUUGGUUUAACUGCAUAAACAAAAAGUCUCUUCUUGCAACUUCUCCUAACGAGGGCACUGCUUAAAUUCCAGUGCCACCAACUCUGUUAGAACAUAUGAACCUGCCUUGGUCCAUCUAGCUUAGUAAUAUCUGUGUCUAUUUGAUAUAAGCUGUUUAUUUUAAAGUUAUUGUGACUUUUUUGUAUUGGAUCAGAUUGUUAUUAAGUAUGCAAUCUUUGUUGUCCAUUUUGUUACCUCUUCAGCUUGUAAACCACCUUGUGUAUAGUAAUUAUAGGUGGUAUACAAAUUAAAAGUGAAUGAAGGGCAGUAUCUGGCAGAGGCAGUAAUUUACUGAUUUAGACUCUGAACUUAAUGGACUUAUGGGAGGGGGCUUCAGAUGGUCGUAUGCAUUACUUCACUUACUUCCAUAUGUGGUGAGUCAGCCUUGCUGUGUCUGAGGCCUCCCCUUCUCAUUCUGAGGAAUGGGGGGGUCCCACACUUCAGCCCCAAAAUCCUACCUUGACGGUACAACCGGGUCUUUCCAAGCUCUGAGCCCUGAGACCCUUUUAACAAGAGAGGUUGGGGAAUAGAGAACAGUCAUACAAACUAAUGCAUAAGGAGGGGAGGGCAAAAAAUAGUUUAAUAGCUCUUUAUUUUUAGAUGCUGCUUAAACUAUAUUUGCGUGAUUUGGAUCGUGUGAAGAUGGGCCUGGGAGGAAUGCCAGACCAGAGAAACCUCUCUGAUGCCAAAGCUGAUCUUGAGAACGUCAUGAAGGUGCAUCCGUGUCUGAAGACUUACCUUGACCUAGGCCAGGUGAGUGAAAGCAACCACCUUGUCCAGACAUAUUCAUUGUCUUCACUUUAUUUUAUCUGUAUGAUAAUAAAAGUGUUGUUGUUCAUUCAGGCUUUAACAGGGCUAAGGCUGCAUUCUUAACUUCAGUACCUUGGAAGCGAGCGCUAUUUGAAUCCAAUAGUAUUUUUGAGUAAACAUUGUUAGCAUUGCACUUUUUAAUUAUUUAAUUUUAGAGUGUUAAUUCUAGAGAGAUCUGAGAAAUGUAAUCAGAAUGUGAUGAGAGCAUAUCCAUUUUUAACCACUAGUAACAUCUAGAGAAGUUCCUGUAUGUGCAUGGAUCUCUGAAGGGAUGAGCAACAUAAGGAGCUAUUCUGAACUUUCAGUUCGACUACUUGCUAUGGUUUUAUUUGGUGUGACUCACCCACAAGCCAGGUGCUUGGGAGGAAGCCUUGUUGAAGUGGCCAUAGUUUGUGAAUCUUUUGUUCCCUUCUCUAAAAUAAUACAUUAAUUUAAUAGAAAGUUCCUGCCUAGCAGCCUACUUAACCAACUCAAGGUUCCAAUGGUGUUGACCUAUGUAAAGCCCUGACGUUGCCCUGGAAUAGCUUUGUCUCUGUGGGGUGCGCUCUCUCCCUCAACUUGCCCAUUCUGAGGGGAAAAUGCUUUCAGAUAAAAAAUGAAGAGCUGAAUGUCACUGAGGUCCUGUUUUAGUUUCUUUAAUGAUUGAUCAUACAGGGGCUUCUUGACUAUAACUCUGUUAUUACACAGCCUCACUGUUAACACACAGCCUCACUCUACAAGCUUUUAAGAAAGGGAGGGGAAACCUAUGGCCCUCCAGAUGUUGCUGGACUACAACUCCCAUCAUGCCUCACCAUUGGCCAUUGCUGGCAGGAAAUGCAGUCCAACAACUACCGGAGUGCCACAGGUCCCCCCCCCCCCCGUGCUUUAAGAGAAAGUACAAGAUAUUCAAGAAAAUUUUUUAUGGUUCAUUACCAUUAUAUUAAAAAAUGUAUUUUCUGGCUGUUACUCAACAGUGAACAUUUAUGGAUUUGUUUUCUGCAAGCUGGAAGCCAUCUUUGUUCUUUUGACAUGUUUGUUUAAAUAAAUACUGAGUGUUCCUCCUUUCCCUCCCUGCCCAUCCACUGCUCUUCUAGGUAUGUUACUACAUGGGCGUAGAUGCCAUGCAGGAACUUUUACUUGUAGAUGAAAAUGCCGUGAACAAUGCCCUCGUGUUCUUUGCUAAAGCCAUGGAAUUAGACCUGGGGAAUGUUUUGCCUGAAAUCCAGCUGCUGAGGGGGAAAUGCCUUCGGAUAAAAAAUGAAGACCUGAAUGCCAUGGAAUGCUUCAAGCAGGCAAUAGAGCUGGAUGGUGUGGGUUCUGUUUACACAGAGAGCUUCCGUUGCUUAAUGGAAAUGCUGCUUGCCUUGUUCAGUCAGAAGAGGAUGAAUACAGAGAUGCUGAUGAAGGAAGUAGAGUUGUGGGUGAAGAAGGCUGAGGAGAAAUAUCCCAAACAGCGAGUGCAGCAGGCGCUUAGGCUAGUGUGUCGUCACUACACAGCUGAGGUACUUGAGCUCUCCAAAGCCAUGGUGGCCAGAGGGAAGACUGAGCUGGUGAAAUUGCUCUUUGAGACCAUGAAGUGUGACUUUAACAAAGGUAGACGGAAUGAACGCUCACUCUCCUUUUGAAUGGCUGGUUUGCUUUUCAGCCACGUGGCAUAGCAAGAGGUUUAGCUCUCCCCAUAGUUUGCGGAAAGAAUUAUGAAAAGCUAUAUAAUAAAAUGUGAUACUUUCUAGAGCACCCACCAAGUAUUAUUCUCCCAUAUACAUGGAGGAGUCGAGGUAUGUGUGCUCAUAUUAAAAAAUGAGCGUGCUUAAUUUUUUCCAAAGCAAAACAUUAAACAAGCUCAAAACGUUUACACUAUGUAUGUAUGCAUAGCACACAGAAGCAGGUCAAUAGGAGAUAAAAUAGCCUUCAUUUAUUACUGGGAAGCAGGUAAGGUGUAAGUGAUUUACAGCAACACUCUGAUUUUUAAAAAUUGGCAACGAGAAAUUUCAAGGUAUAUCUGGCAGGGUAAGAAGCCGAGGAUAAAAUUUAAGAUAUUGACAGACGCUAAAGAAAGAGGAGGCUUCGCCCUGCCAGACUUGAAAUUGUAUUAUGAAGCAUCUUGCCUCUGUUCGUUGAAGGAAUGGAUAAAAUUAGAAGACAUGGAUGUGUUAGAUCCGGAAGGUUUUGAUAAUAGAUUUGGGUGGCACGCGUAUUUGUGGUAUGACAAGAAACGGGUACAUAAAAGUUUUGAAAAUCACAUUAUAAGGAGGUCUCUGAUUGAAGUGUGGGAAAGAUAUAAAAACUUGUUGGAACAAAAAACUCCAUAUUGGUUGUCGCCGUUGGAGGCGAUGAGUGUGAAGAAAGUCAAUAUGACAGGGGGUUGGGUGACAUAUGAGAAGUUAAUGUGUAAAAGCGAAGGAAAAUGGAAAAUGAGAUCAUUUGAAGAAGUCAAGGAUUAUGUGAAUGACUGGCUGCACUUUUUUCAAAUUAAUGAGAUGUUCAGAAAAGAUCUAAAUCAGAGGGGUUUUGCUGAUAAAGAAUCAAAAUUUCAGACAGAAAUACUGAAUAAUGACUACAAGAUUUUAGCAAAAAUGUAUAAGAUAUUAUUGGAAUGGUGCACGAAGGAUGAGGAGGUAAAAUCAGUUGUGAUUGAUUGGGCCAAAGAUAUGGGGCUCAACCAUCAAAACUUAAUGUGACCAGAUAUUGAUACUUAUGUCCUUGCUUUGGAUAUAUACAUUCAUUUAACUUAAUUGUAGCAACCUAGGGAUGUGCUCUUCCGUUUGGAAGAAAACCACCACCAUCACCCCAUAUUUUUCACUUAAUGAAAAAGAGAUAUAAUAGCAGAUGUUUAUUUAGAAUUUUAAAAAAAAUCAAGAAUAUGUAGGUACCUGUUUGGUUUUGUCUGUUGAAAAUAUAGAAUGAAAGCCUCCAAAUUCACUAUAUUUUGUUGUUAGGUAUGUUUUACAUUUUCUGCACCUGCCUUUGAAUCAAUAGUUGUCUUCACAUAUCAUGUGGGCUUCUUGCUAGGCCACAUAUUGAACUCACAGAAUGCAUUAAUUCUGAACGGAUUGUGGGGCUGUUCUUUUGCCACAUUUCCAGAGCAAUUAAUUAAAACCACCAGAUAUGUUAACAGUCAUAUUCAGAAUCACAUAUUCAGUAACUUAUUUACUGAUCUUAUCAAGUAUGCAACCCGUGGGUGCCCACUUCCUGAGGCCCUGCAUGGCUGAGCACCUACAAAAUUUCCCAUAAAGAGGACGGGAACCCACACAUUUCAGUGCCGAGGCCCUACACGCUGCAUGGCACCCAUGGCCACGGGGCCAAGCUGGCACUCCUGUGCUACCAGUUACAUUGGUGCUGCUAUUCUGAGAAAUACUCACUGCAUUUAAAUAAUGAAUUUCUUGCGGGACUCUCCAAAUAGCCAACACCUGUUGAUUCAUGCUUGGAUAUUAGCUCAUGUGAUAGUUUAAGCUGUUCCUGGUCGCAAGACAUGUUGUUAGCCUGGCAAGGAAAAGACAGUCUCUCAAUUGUCAAUGCGUCCUUCAUUCUGAUCUUAUAGGAAUGUUUCAAGUGAUCUAAUGUGGCAUUAUAAUAGAAGAAAAACAGCACAUGCUACACGGCGAAUAUCAAUCAAGAGAGAAAAGCACUGGGUGAUGUUGAGAAGGAUGAAACCCAAGCUCUCAGGAAUGACAGUGCACCUCUGCUCAGCACCCUCCAUUCUGACUCUGCACUGCAUGCACAGAUCCAUUCUUCAGGAGUUCUUUAGCGACAGGGCUGCUGGGAUAGAGCCGGGUAAAGCGGGCAAGUGCAAAGAUAGGGAAGAUGAUUCGGUAGGCAUUGUAAUGCAGAGUACCAGCUUUGUAGAAUGCUGUAGCGAUGUCACCCUGAGGAGAGGCAAGAGAGAAAUUCCUGAACAACCUACAUGCAGUCUUCUGUCCUGACUUCAUGGUCACUAAAUUCCAUCUGAGAACCCAGUUGUAUGAUCAUUGUAACCUCUUUUAAGAGCAACUGUCACAUACAGUAUCACUGAGCUUUUGGCUGGCAAACAAGACUCUGGAAGCAGGAAUCAGAGACCAGAGCCAAUUAAAAUGUAGGAAAGGCGACUAAAGACAUUGUAGCAUCUCAGGCAGAAUAUCCAAAUGGUUCCAUGAUUAAAAAAUAAAAUAAUUAACUGGCAGUCUAUGGCUUUUUAAGGGCACCCCUCUGACCUGCCACAUGUUAACAGUAGGGCCAGCUGUGUCCUGUGCUCUGAUACCACACAAACUCAAUCCUGAGGGCACAUUUUGAUGCCACAGCAGUAACAAGACAGGUGCAUGAAUCACUUGGGUGCCUAAGGCAACAGAAUACUUCCCACAGGAACAUCAGAGUGUUCAAUAGAGGGAGAACAUGGGAAGCACUUGUAAGAUCUCAGCUGCCAAUGCCACACAAGUGUCCAUGUGUGUCCACAAUACAUUGCAGCCAUCUAUGAGAAGCAUCUUUAUGACAGCAACAAUGCCAAUGAGAGUACAUUCUGAUCUGCCUCAUUCAGUAAGUGAGGGGUGGAAAACCUUUGGUCCUCCAAAUAUUGCUGAAUUGCAACUCCCAUCAUCCCUGUCUAUUGCCUGUGUAGGCUGGAAGGCAACAACUUAGCCACCCCCACUCUCAGUACUUGGUGGGAAAUGCUCUGCGUUCAUUCAUUCAUUUUAUGUAUAUUUGGAGGACAUGAUCCAUUUCAUAGCUGGCUGAAAUAUACUGUUUCUGUGAACCUUGAAAUUAUAUUGCUAUGAGGAUACUUGAUUAAGAAAAAAUUAAAAGUUGUAACACACCUG